AUGGCCAAACCACCCUAUCUAGAGGAAGAUUACAUGAAAUACUACAAACCAAAAGAUCAUCAUACCCAUAAAGCAACGAGCCUAUCUUUCUUUGCCUCUAUCUUCUUCCUUUUCAUCUACGUAUGUGUCUUCUAUACCUUCAACCUAUCUCCCUAUGCUCUCUUAAACAACAACGUCUUUUGGUUUUUCAUGUCCAACACUCUCAUCCUCAUCAUUGCUGCUGACUAUGGAGCAUUCUCUUCGUCCAAACAGAAACAAGAUUUCUAUCAAGAGUAUGUAAAGCAUAGUCAAGCAAUAGCGAGAAACUAUGUCCACAAAGAUGAUGAACAAGUUGAUAAACAAUGCAUUGAUCCCAAACAAGAGUUGGGUGCUGAGUUGUCAGAGGAGAAGAAAGAAUCUAUCUCUGAUCAGAGUAGUGAUCAGAAUAUCCCUGAACGUGUACUUGAAAUUGUGGCAAUAAAUCAACCUAAGAAACCUAGUAAGAGCUCCAAUGGAAAAAGGUCCACACUUCACUUGCAAGUAGAUGAUGGAUAUAAAGAAGAAUUUAAGGAGAACGCAAUCCCUGCAAGAAUUUACCGGCGAAGUAAAUCUGAUAGACACAAUAGAGCCAAGCAUGUCGUGAAUGAGGAGCAGAUGAACAAGGUGCAAAGAUCAGAGACUAUGAAGGUUUCUGCUAAUGUAGAGGAAGAAAAUGAGUUUUCUACUAUGUCAAAUGAGGAACUUAAUAGGAGGGUAGAGGAGUUUAUUCAGAAAUUCAAUAGGCAGAUUAGACUUCAGGCAACAAGAAAUGCUUAUCAAAUUUAG